UCUUUGUUACUUAGAAUAUGUUCCCCUAGUGUCCAAAUAACUCUAAAUUAAGUAUUUAGUACUUAGAAUAUGUUCCCCUAGUGUCCAAAUAACUCUAAAUUAAGUCUUUGUUACUUAGAAUAUGUUCCCCUAGUGUCCAAAUAACUCUAAAUUCAGUCUUUAUUACUUAGAAUAUGUUCCUUUAGUGUCCAAAUAACUCUAUAUUAAGUCUUUGUUACUUAUAAUAUGUUCCCUUAGUGUCCAAAUACCUCCAACAACAAGGUUAAGAACCAGUGCAUUAUGUUCUUUACAAGUGUAUGUCCACUUUUGACCAGGACUGUAUUUGUGUGAAACGCAGUGUGAUUUGUCGCCCCCUAGCGGCCGACGUGCAACCCGUUUCUCCAUAGUCACGUGGUUUCUAGGAAAUGAGGUUUUCACAGCGAGCGCGUUCACGCCCAUCAAGACACAGUAGAGCGCGCGUAGCCGACAGGGACGCGCACGGAGCACUGAUCGAGGAGUUGAGGGGAGGACGUCACUUGGCGCUGACCAUGGCCGCCGGCAAGAUGCGCUGCACCCGCAAACUCUGCGCCUGGAUCGUCAAACAGGUGGACAGCGGUAAAUAUCCCGGACUGGUUUGGGACAACGACGCCAAAACGAUGUUCCGCAUCCCGUGGAAGCACGCCGGCAAGCAGGACUUCCGGAAAAACGAGGACGCCGCGAUCUUUAAGGCCUGGGCCGAGUUCAAGGGAAAGACGUCGGACAACAACCCGGCGGUCUGGAAGACGCGUCUGCGCUGCGCCCUCAACAAAAGCCCCGAGUUCAGCGAGGUUCACGAGCGGGCCCAGCUGGACAUCUCGGAGCCGUACAAAGUGUACCGCCUGGUGCCCCCCAGCCAGCAAAACAUGCGGAAGCCAAAGAGGAAAUGCCAAGAGAAAAGCAGCAAGAGGUUGAAGAGCAGGAAGAUGAGCAGCAGCGAGACGGACAGUGAAGACAUGUCUGGGGUCCAGGAGUGGACGACGGAGGAUGUCAAAACUGAGCUGGGUGGUGUCGACGCCAUGGAGAGCGACCGUGUCCCGCAGGCGGACCACGCGGCGCAGCAGGACGGCGCACCGCGGGAAGGCGGCCUCAGUGAGAUCCAAUUGGAUGUCCGGAUUGAGGAGAGUGUCCCGCCUUUUCGGGAAGGUCGGGACUCCUUGCACGUGACCGUCUACUAUUUGGGCCAGGAAGUGCUCACCCGCCAGAUCCACGGCGACAACGUCCGCAUCCUCUACGCACCGCCCUCGCCGGUCCCCCCCACGGCGGCCCCCGACAGCCGCUUCCCACGCAUCCACCUGCCGGAGCCUCCGUGCUCGCUGCUGGCCAGCGAGCAGCUGCGGGCGCUGCGCGCCCUGCUGCCCUUCAUGGAGAAAGGCGUGGCGCUCAGCUCCACGACGCAGGGCGUCUACGGCCGGCGCUUCUGCCAGGGGCGCGUCUUCUGGACGGGGCCGCACACGUGCACGCCGGGACUGCACAAGAUGGAGAGGAACAUCGACCCGGUCUUGCUCUUCAGCAAAGACGCCUUCAAGCAGCAGUCGGAUGAAUUUCACUUGAGUGGCGGCGACACUCCUGACUGCAGCUUCUUUCUGUGCUUUGGAGAAGAACUGAGCAGCUCGGAAGAUCCGACCAGUAAACUCAUCACUGUUAAGGUCACCUUGGUGCACGCUGAGGUCCAAACCGCUCGCGACUUCCUGGAGUCUUUACCUUUCCUGCAGGGCGAGAUCACGCUCGACCUGGUCCCCGUGCCAACAACACCCGAGCCCCCGCUCUGAAGGUUUUUUUUUGUUUUUUUCUUGCCAUAAAACCACACAAUUCUUCUUAAACACAUUUAAUCAAGUAAGUGUAGUCCAGUAGAAGUACGUAAUCACUCAUUUCAACAAGACUGGAAGAAAAUACACCACAAGUGUAAAUAGUAGUUAGCUAGCUGCUGUCAAAUGUUACCUAGGUGAUGUCAGGUGGACCGUUGUUAUUUUGCGUUGCCGUCCUAACCAGUGUGUGUGUGUGUGUGGGCGCAGCUUUAAGUGCGUCCUCAGGGAAGCACGAGUUACACUUUUACUGUUUGCCUGUAGUGUACACGGGGAAACCAGCAAUAAAACCAUCUAUAAACUCCGAUGUGGUUUGAGGUUGGAGAAGUUUACAGUCUUAGAUGUUGCCGUUGGCCGGCGACGCCAGCUCGGCGAUCUUGGCGUUGACUCUCUGGUUGGUCCAGUCUCUGGUGAUGUCGUCCAGGUGGCUGUCGAAAUCCACCAGGAGCGCGUGGUCGCCCGACUCCAGCAUCUGGCUGGCGAUGGCUCGGGUCUCCUCCCAUUGCCUCAGCAUGAUCCUGGACCGAGGGAAUCAGGAAAUUUGCCAAACACAAUCAAUCAAUCAAAGUUUAUUGAUAUAGCCCUGAACCUUCUUACAUGUGUUUGUCUUUGAGCGUCCAUCUGGAGUCUUUGCGCUCGUACAUCACGAUGGGAGGGACCCGAAAGUCUGGUGACAUCUUACUGCCGUCGAGCUGUAGAGGGCGCCAAACAUCACAUGUAGCAGGGAUGUUUUCAUUGAGGGCCGCUUGGAACUAGGGAUGAUGUUUGAUAAGAAAUUAUCAAGUUCGAGCCCAUUAUCGAAUCCUCUUAUCGAACCGAUUCCUUAUCGAGUCCAGAUAGGUUGUUGUAUAUGGAAAAAAAACACAAUAUUUGGUUUAACAAAAGCUCACUUUUAUUUUAUAAGAAAAAACUAAAAUAAAAUAAAUAAAUAAAUAUUGACUGUUACCAACCCCUAAA